AUGAAUGUCCCGGUGGCACCUAAGAAGUCAUGUUACACUCCCUUGCGGCACAGCAAAAAUGGAGCCAGAAACAGUAAUGAGAGCCUACUGAGUUUGGGAGACACAAAUGCCAAUCCGAUCAUGCUGGGAGUCAGCUCCUCUCACCGUGAGUCUGAGCAGCGUGGCCUGUCUCAGGAGAUUGGAAACGCUAAUUCAAAUGAAUCAGAGCACCAGACCCACUUCCAGGAGGAGCUGCUCCAACCUCAGGGCUUUGUGCAAGGAGUUCAGGCUGCUUCUGGCAGCCGGAAAGACCUUCCCCUUUCUCAGACUGUUCAAUGGGAACAAAAUAAAGAGCACACCCCUCAGGGCAGCCUGGAUCUCCUGCAGCCCCUGUGGGGCAUUCAGGGACCAAGUUCGUCAAGCAGGAGGGGUUUGAUGGGUGAGGCCAGUCCAGAGGUUCUACCUACAAGGGAUGCUGCUGAAGUCCACAGACCUCCUCCCAAGGACAAAUUAGCCAAAACCCUUGACAAUGAGUUGAGAAGGCAUUCUUUGGGACGGGCCGGCAGCUCUGCAGUGGUACUGGGGAGCCAGUCUCUACAGCACCUGCAGCUGGGCAGGCUGACUUCCCCUGAGGCCUGGAGUCCUGUGUCUGGGGGUGUGGAGGGGACGCUGAUGGACCCCUGUUUAGGGGCAGCCUCUGCCCUUGCUGACAGUACCUCUGAGGGAAAGAGUGUGUGUCCUCCUAAACCAUCUACCUCAGAAGCUAAGGAGACCACCCUCUGUGAGACCUCAAAAGAGGGCACCCACAUCCUGAAUGUCUGCAGUGAGCCCAUGUCACAUUCUGUCCAUCCUGAGCCCCCUUUCAGUCUGGUCUCAGCAGCAAAGGCAACCCCAAGUAUACCAGAAGCACAAUUGGGUCAGGGAAAAGAGGAACCCAAGCUGGAGAUAAAACCUACUUCUGCUGGGGUUGGACAGGAGUUCAAGGAGAGCCAGGCAGGAGGUCUGGGACAGGACAAGGACUUGAAGGAACUGUGUGGGGAAGCACAGCAUGAAGCCCCUGAUGUUGUUGGUGGUCUCUCAUACAGAAGCCCCCACUAUGUAGGGGUGGGAAGCAGCAGUGGUGAGGAGGACAAGUCGGGAGCCACCCUAGGUGAGGAAGACUUCCUGUAUACUAGGCCCACCCAGGGCGCUGCUUCCUUGGGAGUGUCUGAUAGUCAGCCCACUGGGAAAAUUUCACCAGGUACAAGUAGGAAAUUGGAGGAAAGGACAAGCAACCAACUUUCUCCAGAUGCCAGCCAUGUAGGAUUUAUUCUUAAUGAACAAGUGGGCAGGCAGUUCCUGGGUGCCACUGAGAAGGCAAGGCCGAACCGUGGGCAGCAGGACAGUUCCAUGGUGUUGGCAUCAGACUCUUUGGUCAGAGCAAGCACAACUGAGGAUGUUGAACCCUUGAGCACUCAGAGCAGCCAGCCAGAAGCAGAAGGCGGCAAAGGAAUCACUGCAGCUAUGGUGGAAAGUGGGAACCUUCCAGAAAAUGCAGCCAAAGCUGAAAUCACUCCAGCAGGAACAGAUUCAAUUCCCAAUAUCCAGGCAUCCCCACACCCAGAGACAACUGUGAAUGUCACCCGCCAGCCUCCAUCACCCAGUAGCAGUGUUCAGGAGCUCAGCAUGUUCAGUGUGAACACGGGGUCACCUUCGGCAGCCCCACCCCCAACCGACAGGGCAGGGUUGUUGGACACAUCCUCCAAAGUGCCUGACAAGAGCACCUGCCCCUGUGGGAUCCCCAAGCCUGUCUCUGUGACACCCAAGGACACACCUUCCUUGCAGGAGGGGAUGGAGAACCAACAGGUGGAGAAAAUAGAAGAAAGGUUAGAAAGCAAGCCCCUCAUCAUGCCCAAGCCGAAGCAUGUGAGACCCAAAAUCAUAACCUACAUCCGAAGGAAUCCUCAGGCCCUGGGCCAGGUGGAUACUUCCCUGGUUCCCGUGGGGCUCCCUUAUGCCCCGUCCACAUGUAGCGGACCUCUCCCCCAAGAGGAGAAGGCAGCCAGUGGUGACCUCAAGCCAUCUGCCAGCCUGUAUGAGAAGUUCAAGCCUGACUUGCAGAAACCACGGGUCUUCAGUUCUGGGCUCAUGGUGUCUGGAAUCAAGCCUCCAGGCCAUCAUUUCGGUCCAAUGAGUGAAAAGUUCUUGCAGGAGGUUACAGAGCAUCCUGGAAAAAAAGAAUUUUGUUCUCCUCCCUAUUCUCAUUAUGAAGUCCCUCCAACUUUCUAUCGGUCUGCCAUGCUCCUUAAGCCCCAGCUGGGAUUGGGCGCCAUGUCCCGUCUGCCAUCUGCCAAGAGCAGGAUCCUGAUUGCAAGUCAGAGGUCGUCAGCGAGUGCCAUCCACUCACCAGGACCCAUAGCAGCCACUGCCAGUCUCUACAAUUCUGAUCCUUCAGCAGAUUUAAAGAAAGCCUCCAGUUCAAAUGCUGCAAAAUCCAGUCUACCAAAGUCUGGACUCCGUCCGCCUGGCUACUCACGUCUCCCGGCAGCCAAGUUGGCAGCAUUUGGCUUCGUGCGCAGCUCCAGCAUCUCCAGCACCCAGUCAGUGGACAGCACUCAGUCUGAACAUAGUCGGCCAGCUAGCCGUUCAACCUUUGCUAAUGAAGAACAACCAGGCCUGAAGUCAGCUCUGCCUUCAAAAGAUGCACCCAAGGGGAACAGCCGGGCGGCUCCUACAACAUCCUCCAGUGUGCCAACACCCCGCAGGAGUUUGCUGCCUGCACCCAAAUCCCCUGCCACACCCGCUGGAACGAAGAAAGAAGCACAGAAAGAUCAAGACACGAAUAAACCUGCUGUUUCCUCUCCUAAGAGAGCAGCAGCUUCAAGCACCAAGCCUCACUCUCCAGGAUAUCCAAAGCAGAGGACGACAGCCCCUCGGAAUGGGUUUGCAAGCAGGCCUGACCUACAGGCCCGUGAGGCUGAGAGGCAGCUGGUGCAGCGGCUGAAGGACAGGUGUGAGCGGCAAGCCCGGCUGCUCAGCUGGGCCCGUGGGGAGCUGCGGAAGGCAGCCUGCGGCUUCGACGCUCUCGCUGUGUCCACACAGCAUUUCUUUGGAAAGAAUGCAAGUGCCCUUGUGAAAGAGAAAGAGCUGUCAAUCGAACUUGCAAACAUCAGGGAUGAAGUUGCCUUCAGCACAGCCAAGUGUGAGAAACUACAAAAGGAGAAGGAGGACCUGGAGCGGCGGUUCGAGGACGAGGUGCGACGGCUGGGCUGGCGGCAACAGGCUGAGCUUCAGGAGCUGGAACAGAGGCUGCAACUGCAGUUUGAGACAGAGGUGGCACGCCUGCAGGAGGAGCACCGUGGCCAGCUGCUGAGGAUCCGAUGCCAGCACCAGGAGCAGGUGGAGGAUAUCACCGCCAGCCACGAGGCCGCUCUCCUGGAGAUGGAAAGCAACCACACGGUUGCCAUCGCCAUCCUGCAGGACGACCAUGACCACAAAGUCCAAGAACUGGUGUCUGCACAUGAACUUGAAAAGAAAGAACUAGAGGAGAAUUUUGAGAAGCUGCGGCUGUCCUUGCAGGACCAGGUGGACACCCUCACCUUCCAGAGCCAGUCCCUGCGGGAUCGCGCUCAGCGCUUUGAGGAGGCUUUAAGGAAAAACACAGAGCAGCAGCUGGAGAUCGCACUGGCUCCCUAUCAGCACUUGGAGGAGGACAUGAAGAGCCUGAAGCAGGUGUUGGAGAUGAAGAAUCAGCAGAUCCACCAGCAGGAGAAGAAGAUCCUUGAGCUGGAGAAGCUGGCGGAAAAGAACAUCAUCCUGGAGGAAAAGAUCCAGGUGCUGCAGCAGCAGAACGAAGACCUCAAAGCAAGGAUCGACCAGAACACGGUUGUCACCAGGCAACUGUCGGAGGAGAACGCCAAUCUCCAGGAGUAUGUGGAGAAGGAGACCCAGGAGAAGAAGAGGCUGAGCCGAACCAACGAAGAACUCCUUUGGAAACUCCAAACCGGGGAUCCCACCAGUCCCAUUAAACUCUCCCCAACGUCUCCGAUUUACCGGGGCUCCUCCUCGGGGCCCUCCUCUCCAGCCAGAAUCAGCACGACGCCCAGAUGA